AUGUCUCGUAACUGGAAAAAGAUCGUGUGCGCCAUUUCUGGAGGCGUAGAUAGCGCUGUCGCUGCCAUUCUGCUCAAGAGAAGAGGUUAUCAAGUUGUUGGAUUGUUUAUGAAGAAUUGGGACAUUGUUGAUGAAAAUGGGACUUGUUCUAUCAACACAGAUCUUGAAGAUGCUCAGUUUGUGUGCAAACAAUUGAAGAUUCCUCUUUACACAGUUGACUUUGUUAAAGAAUAUUGGAAUCAGGUUUUCAGUUCCUUUCUGCAAGAUUACCAAAAAGGUUUAACACCAAAUCCAGACAUCUUGUGCAAUAAGCACAUAAAAUUUGAUGCCUUUCUCAAAUAUGCCAUCAGCAGGUAUGGUGCAGAUGCCAUAGCAACUGGACACUAUGCCUGUACUUCGUUGAAUACUACUUCAUUUCAUCGCCCACCCUCAUCUGGAGAAGCCACCAAGCAGACCAUUAGGCGAAAUACUUCCAAGAGCUUUGGACACUCCCUGGCCUUGCCCACCAUCAAAUUGUUGAAGGCUGCUGAUGCUGUGAAAGACCAAACAUUUUUCCUUGCUCAGAUAUCGCAGCAAGCACUGAAAAAAACACUCUUCCCAAUUGGCCACCUUAGAAAAGACCAAGUACGACAAAUUGCCAUUGAAGAGAAUUUACAGAAAAUUGCCAAAAAGAAAGAAAGCAUGGGAAUCUGUUUUAUUGGAUCUCGAAACUUCAAAACUUUUAUCAAAGAAUAUAUUGAACCGUUGCCAGGAAAGUUUGUGAAUAUUGAAACAGGGAAAACACUUGGACAACAUGAAGGAAUUCACAUGUGGACUCUGGGUCAACGUAUCCAUCUGGGAGGUUGCCAUCAUGCAUAUUUUGUGACAGAAAUUAAUUCCGAAACUAACGAUAUAAUUGUUGCUCCUGGUACCACUCAUCCAGCUUUAUUCUGCACUAGUUUCAAAGUUGACAAUCCACAUUGGAUUUGUCCUCAACCAGAUUGGUUAGAAUCCAAGUCAAUGGCAGUGGAUUUCCGUUUCCAACAUGCACACCCACUUAUAACAUGUGAAUUGAAAUCAGUAAGCAGUGAUGGUUCAACUUGUAUUGUCAACCUUCCUCACCCAAUGAGAGCCAUAUCUCCAGGACAAUAUGCAGUCUUUUACAAAGGAGAUGAAUGCAUUGGAAGUGCACAAAUCAAAGAGGUUGGACCUUCAUUAUGGAAACUCAAUCAUCGUGAACCCAUCAAGCUAGCUAAAGAAUUUACUUGA